AUGAAGGAGAUGGUGCUGACAAAGUAUUCGGAGAAGCUGGCUCCCCACGAGAGUCCCAGAAAGCGACGCCGCCGCUCGUGCAAGGCCAAGAAGACCUCGGCUGAGAAGAGUCACCCCGAGGGCCAUGACCAGGUUUCAUCAAUCAAGCCACGGAAGUUGGACUUCGAGGACGAGUCCGAUGGCGACCAGCACGAGGAUGAUUCGUCUCCUGCUUCCGCUCCGUGCUCCCCGGGCGCACACAAGUCGGAUGCAGCGGACUUCUGUGACAGCACACCGGCCAAGUCGGCCAUCCCCUCAGUGGAUGAGGACCUCUUCUCCGGGAAGUUUGCACGACCCAAGCAGUCUCCCUCGCAGACAUCCUCACCGAGUGCCCGCAAGAAAGCUGCAACAGCUACUGCUUCGAAAGAGGGAAAGGCACCGAAGUUGGCUACUGGUGCUCUGGAUGUACCUGCCCGAACGGACGAGCAGCGUGAGGAGGACCUGCCGCGAAAGGACGAGGUUAGGCAGUUGCUGGACAAGAUCAGGGAGAAUCGGCUCGUGGCCAUCCUUCCGCUUGAUUGCAAGCCGUCCGACCAGAAGUUCUUCCUGCAGAUCCUCGUGCAGGAAGAUCUCCUGACCGUGAAGGACGCAUUCGACAAUUUGGGUACGUAUCAUGGAGUCUUGUCUGCCAUUAAUGUAUGA